GCGUUGCACCCCCUAGAGCUGUAGCCCGGAGGCCAGGGUGGGCUUAGUGCAUGCAUUGGCUAGCUGCUCCCUCCUCUCCUCUCCUCUCCACCGUAGAUAGAGCGCAGGCCUUUUCUUCGGUUCUUCACUGAUAUAGAUAGCUUCCAUUUUUUUGGUUCACUUCCUCCUCUUGCAUGUUCUUGAUCUCUUCUCGAUCUAAAACCACCGAUAGAUCGAUCCUAGCUAGCAUCCUUGUUGUUUUUCUUCCCAAGGAUCUAGCUAGUUCUUGCAGAUUUCAUGCAAAACUAAUACUACAAGUUCUUCCAGUUCUUCAUUCCCAUCCUUCUUUAUUUCUUGUUGCUCUCUUAAUUCUUCUCCUCCUACUCCUAUCUAGCCAGACAUGGAGAACGUUCUGCUGGAUCGUUCUUCCGGAAGCUUCGAGUACCCGAAGAGGGGCGUCUAUGGCGGGAGGCCGGCGAGGCCGCACGGCGCGUACGGCUCCUCCCGCACGUGCCCGCAGUACCAUCACUUCCAGAAAAGUGGCGCGUGGAACUCCGCCCCCGCUCCCGCUCUUCCGUAUGCGUACGCCAGGCCGCCGAUAUACUCGUCGCCGUCUCUCCCUCUCCUGCCGUCCAACCAGCCACCCCUCCUGCCGCUCCCGCCCACCGCUACCAAGUAUGCCACUUUCCCCUACCCACCACCUCCGACACCGCCACGUGCCGUCAGGCCGGCGGCGCCCACGACCGUCGUGCCGGCAGCGUCGCCCCCUGCUUCGUCACGCCAGCUGAGCCAGAGAGACAGGAGGAGGAGGCCGGCUAAGCCGCCGGCCGCAGAACCGGCAAGGGAGCAGAAGAAGAAGAAGCCGCUGGAGCGGGCGACGCCACUGCCGCCGGCGCCCGCGGUGACCGAGGCGCUGGACGACCUCGAGCAGGAGCUGGCCCGGAGCUGCGUCCAGGACCUGCUGCACGCGCUGGCGCCGCCGCCCAGCAGCCUGCCGCUGCCCAGGUUCUCCCUCGUCGUCAAAGCGUCUCCACACUCCGCCACGGCCGGCAAGGUGGCGCCGGCCGCCCCGUCCUGCAACGCUGAGGCGGCCACCGCCGACGGCCUCCGCCGCCUCCUCCGCCUCUAGUAUCGUGGCAAUUACCCUGCCGCGCCGCGCAUUUACGUGAUCUCGGUGUACCGUUGCUACUGUUGAUUAUUUCCCUCCAAUACUAUUAUUUCCUGGCUGGGAAAAUACGUACUACUACUACUAGAAGACAAGAAAGAAGAGUUGUGUGAUGCUCGAGCAAUGGUCGGUGGCGUGACCGUGAUGUGGCCGUCAGAUGGACGCGGUGCUAGAUGGGGUCCAGCCGUCGACCGAUUCAGGUGAAGAAGAUGAUGUUGAUUAAGCUUUAAUUGUGUGGUGCUAAAUAUAUAUCUAGGGUUUACAUACUGUACGUUACGUGCCUGCGUGCGCGCGUAUGCUCUUGUUCUUGAUUGGGUGAUGUGUUUUUUGAAUUACCUUGUAUCAAGAGAUUAAUUACUCUAGUAAGUAUAAUGUAUGUGGUGAUGUUUAAGUGUGACUUAAAUUAAAUCUUGUGCUUGGCGAAA